AUGGGCGCUGCGGACGCCAGCAUGAAGCACAUCGCUCGGGUGCAGAUCGCCCGCGCCACAGAGGUGUCUUCCAGCGGAGUGAAGAACCCCAUGUUCACUCCCGCGCGGAACUUCUGGGGCUUCACGAUCUACGACUCGAACAUGCUGCGGCUCAUGUCGGAGUCCUGGGCCGGGCUCUCGGGCCGCCGGUGCAGAGAUCUGGGCGUCCUGUUGAACCCAGUCCUGAAGGCUUACAACCAGGGCAACGGCGCCUGGGCUACAUGCGGGCUGACAGCUGUCUUCGUGACCCAGAAUUGUGUUGAUGGAGAGGCUGCGAUCAACCACGUGGACAUCGGCUUCAUGUUGAGCACUAGGCUCGUGGUCACAGCACCGAUGGGCUUCUUCUUCCCGAGCAUUUGUCGGAGCCUCAGGAUUACGCUGCCUUUCAUGCGGGAGCUGCAGAACGGCACCAGCUACAUGUUCCGCGCCCUCGUGGUGAACCCGCGAGACACCUUCACUGACGUGACCUCCCCAGACAAGUACUGGCGAAUCGAGUCCCAGUACGCGGAUGGCACCAUGGUUGACCUCAACAGGGUCAUCCCAUCCUUCGCCAUCCUCUCCAGACUGCGUUACUUUGCAGCAGCCACUCUCUCGCAGGUUGGCUUGGCCUCUACCACCUACCGCAUCCACUUCCGCACAGACCAGUCGCUGCCGCCACAGCAGACGGUCCACAUUUAUCCCCCUGCUGGCACUACCUUCGGCGGCCUGAAUGGAGCCUGUAUCAACACGGACCCCGUGCUGCUCAGCCUCCAGUUCCCCACGCCUCUGAUUUCCGGGGCCUGGAACUGA